CAGCCGCAGCCCAGAACCCGGAGGGCCGCGGCCACCGGAAGAGUCGUAGUCGCCAGCCGAGCCGGGAGAGUGGGGAGCGGAAGCGGCGGCCGCGGCAGCGGCAGGCGGCGCUGGGACCCGGGAGCGGCCGGAGAACAAGGGAGCUGGCGCCGCGGCCGGCUGCCGAGCGAGGCUGAACCGCUGGGCCGCGCCGAGCGCCGUCGCCGCCCGAAAGGCCCGGCCCGGCCGCCGGAGCAGGCCGCGCGCGGGCCCCGGGGCCCGAGGCUGGAGCCAUGGGCGAGACCAAGAUCAUCUACCACCUGGACGGGCAGGAGACGCCGUACCUGGUGAAGCUGCCCCUGCCCGCCGAGCGCGUCACCUUGGCGGACUUUAAGGGCGUUCUGCAGCGACCCAGCUAUAAGUUCUUCUUCAAGUCUAUGGACGACGAUUUCGGAGUGGUGAAGGAGGAAAUCUCUGACGACAAUGCCAAGCUGCCCUGCUUCAAUGGCCGGGUGGUGUCCUGGUUGGUGUCUGCUGAGGGCUCACACCCAGAGCCUGCUCCCUUCUGUGCUGACAACCCAUCGGAACUGCCACCACCCAUGGAACGCACAGGAGGCAUUGGGGACUCCCGGCCCCCAUCCUUCCACCCUCAUGCUGGUGGAGGCAGCCAGGAGAACUUGGACAAUGACACAGAGACGGACUCCUUGGUGUCAGCCCAGCGUGAGCGGCCACGCAGGAGGGACGGCCCAGAACACACAACCCGGCUAAAUGGAACUGCAAAGGGGGAGCGGCGGCGAGAGCCAGGGGGUUACGAUAGCUCAUCUACCCUUAUGAGCAGCGAGUUAGAGACCACCAGCUUCUUUGAUUCGGAUGAGGAUGACUCCACCAGCAGGUUCAGCAGCUCCACAGAGCAGAGCAGCGCCUCACGCCUGAUGAGAAGACAUAAGCGGCGGCGGAGGAAGCAGAAGGUUUCGCGGAUUGAGCGGUCCUCGUCCUUCAGCAGCAUCACGGACUCCACCAUGUCACUCAACAUCAUCACAGUCACUCUCAACAUGGAAAAGUACAACUUUUUGGGCAUCUCCAUUGUGGGCCAAAGCAACGAGCGUGGUGAUGGAGGCAUCUACAUCGGCUCUAUCAUGAAGGGUGGGGCUGUGGCUGCAGAUGGACGCAUCGAGCCAGGAGAUAUGCUGUUACAGGUAAACGAGAUCAACUUUGAGAACAUGAGUAAUGACGACGCAGUCCGGGUACUGCGGGAGAUUGUGCACAAACCGGGGCCCAUCACCCUGACUGUAGCCAAGUGCUGGGACCCAAGUCCACGUGGUUGCUUCACACUGCCCAGGAGCGAGCCCAUCCGGCCCAUUGACCCUGCAGCCUGGGUCUCCCACACUGCAGCCAUGACCGGCACCUUCCCUGCCUAUGGCAUGAGCCCCUCCCUGAGCACCAUCACCUCCACCAGCUCUUCCAUCACCAGCUCCAUCCCUGAUACAGAACGCCUAGACGACUUCCACCUAUCCAUCCACAGUGACAUGGCCGCCAUCGUAAAAGCCAUGGCCUCCCCUGAAUCUGGGCUGGAGGUCCGUGACCGCAUGUGGCUCAAGAUUACCAUCCCCAACGCUUUCAUCGGCUCAGAUGUGGUGGACUGGCUGUACCACAACGUGGAAGGCUUCACUGACCGGCGAGAGGCCCGCAAAUAUGCCAGCAACCUGCUGAAAGCCGGCUUCAUCCGCCACACUGUCAACAAGAUCACCUUCUCCGAGCAGUGCUACUACAUCUUCGGUGACCUCUGUGGCAACAUGGCCAACCUGUCCCUCCAUGAUCACGAUGGCUCCAGCGGCGCCUCUGACCAGGACACGCUGGCCCCUUUGCCACACCCAGGGGCAGCCCCUUGGCCCAUGGCUUUCCCUUACCAGUACCCGCCGCCCCCGCACCCCUACAACCCUCACCCAGGCUUCCCAGAGCUGGGGUACAGCUAUGGUGGGGGCAGCGCCAGCAGUCAGCACAGUGAAGGCAGCCGGAGCAGUGGCUCCAACCGUAGCGGCAGUGACCGACGGAAGGAGAAGGACCCGAAGGCGGGGGACUCAAAGUCUGGCGGCAGCGGCAGCGAGUCGGACCACACAACCCGCAGCAGCCUGCGGGGGCCGCGGGAGCGGGCGCCCAGCGAGCGCUCAGGUCCUGCCGCCAGCGAGCAUAGCCACCGCAGUCACCACUCAAUGGCCAGCAGCCUGCGCAGUCACCACACGCACCCGAGCUACGGCCCCCCUGGCGUGCCCCCUCUCUACGGUCCCCCCAUGCUGAUGAUGCCCCCUCCGCCCGCGGCCAUGGGGCCCCCAGGAGCCCCUCCGGGUCGCGACCUGGCCUCCGUGCCCCCCGAACUGACAGCCAGCAGACAGUCCUUCCGCAUGGCCAUGGGAAACCCCACCAAGAAUUUCGGGCUGUUUGACUUUCUGUGAGCCCCCAUCAAGGGGAGGCCCAGCCUCCGAGGAGACCAGGAACCCUGCUUCAGCAGCCCCUCAGGGCUUCCCAAGGAUGUUCAGCCCCCAAACCCACACUUCAACAUGUUGAAUCACUAGGCUUUGUUGGAGGGUUCCAGCCUCUCACCCAUGUAUGAGAGACUGUUCCCCUUUCCACAGAGUGCCCAUCCCACUCUCCCUCUCUCAUUCUCUCACUCUCUCUCUCGCCCUCUCUCCUUCUCUCUCACACG